UUCCACUUGGGCUGAACGCUGGUAGGGAAGAAAGCCGCUGCAGCCUCUGCCCGGGUGUCCCUCCAUGCAAGCAGCUGCAGCAGUCUCCCCCUGCGACCUGCUUUUCCAAAAUGCCCCCGAGCCAUUCCCUGUGCUGGCCCUGGAAUUUGCUCCUGCUGCUUUUAGGGUCAUCGCUCCCUGCUGUCCUACCGGCUCAGGUCAUAGAAGAAAGAGGAUCAAAGGGGCAUCAUGAUCUCACGGAACUAAUAGGGGUCCCACUUCCACCUUCUGUCUCUUUUAUCACUGGCUAUGGAGGAUUUCCAGCAUAUAGCUUUGGACCAGAUGCUAACAUCGGCCGUCUUACAAGGACUCUGAUCCCUCAGCCAUUCUACAGAGAUUUUGCCAUCACUGUUACUGUCAAGCCAAACAGUGACCAUGGAGGUGUAUUGUUUGCCAUAACUGAUAGCUUUCAGAAGACAAUUUACUUGGGACUCAGGCUAUCACCUGUAGAUGAUAACACUCAGAGAAUAAUCAUGUACUACACUGAGCCACGUUCUCAUAUAUCCCGAGAGGCUGCUUCUUUUAAAGUCCCGGUGAUGACGAACAAAUGGAAUCAUUUUACGAUUGCCAUAGAUGGCAACGACAUUGUAUUGUUCAUGGACUGUGAGGAGUAUCACCGAGUACAAUUUCAGCGAUCAGCUCAGGCAUUGUCUUUUGAAUAUGGGUCAGGCAUAUUUAUUGGGAAUGCUGGAGCUACUGGAUUGGAACGAUUCACUGGCUCCAUCCAGCAACUAACAAUCAAACCUGACCCAAGAGCUGUCGAGGACCAAUGUGAGGAUGAUGACCCAUAUACAUCAGGAGAGAGCAGUGGUCAUGAGAGCAUUCAGGAACAGGAAGGUAUCCCAGAAACACAGGAAGUCAUUCGGCCCACACGAACUCCACAAUUACCUGGGAAUGUAUCUGAAGAAGCAACAGCUGGACCAGUAGGAGCACCACCAACCAUGUCUCCCCAUUCUGAAGAAAUGGAUUUCUCAGGACACCAUCUCUUGGAAGAAACAGUGGGCCCAACAAAACCUGAAGCAAAAGGUGCAACCACCACAGAAAUCAGUCAACAGGAAAGUGAAUCUACCACUGUAUCUCAAGGAAUAUUAAAAACAGAACCUGAGCCUUAUGAUGGUAUUCUGGAAGGUCCAAGCAGAGAAAAAGACCGAAAGGGUGAAAAGGGUCAAAAGGGAGAGGAAGGACCACCAGGGCCACCACAAAAAACUAGGAUGGAAGAAGCACAACCUGGAACUAUAGGGCCACCUGGACUUCCUGGGAAGGCUGGACUGGAUGGAAAACCUGGCACUCCUGGCAAAGAUGGGUCACCAGGUAAACCAGGAACUUCAGGCUUACCAGGAGAACCCGGAUUAAAAGGAGAACCUGGUCCUAAAGGAGAAAAGGGAGAUACUGGUGUUGGAUUGCCUGGCCCUCCUGGACUUCCAGGGCCUCCUGGACCACCUGCUUCAUCAAGAGGAUUUAGAAGAGUAGAAAUAGAAGGCUCUGGAUCUGGUGACUUUGGCAGAGAUAUAGAACUUCCCAGGGGUGCACCUGGCCCACCAGGCCCUCCUGGUUCACCUGGACCUCCAGGAAUGCCAGCACCAGAUUCAAAUGCAGGAGUCCCUGGGUUGCCGGGAUCAAAUGGGAAAGAUGGAGCAUCUGGGAAUCCAGGCCCUCGUGGCCCCCCUGGUCAUCCUGGACAAAAUGGGUCAAUUGGUGUUGCUGGAGCCAAGGGUGAAAAAGGUGACCAAGGUAUUCAGGGGUCAGUUGGACCAAAGGGAGACCCUGGGGAUAUUGGAUUGCCAGGCCCAAAAGGGCAAGCAGGAGCUGAUGGGGCAACUGGGAAACCUGGGCCCCCAGGGCCACCUGGGCCAGGCUAUGGCUAUGGAUUUGAGGAUAUGGAAGGCUCUGGGAUCGUUAGUCUGUCAAGAGAACCUGGAAGAGGAUCUAGGGGGCCAAGUGGAGAAAAGGGUGACACUGGAGCACCGGGUAUACCUGGCGUAAAGGGAGAACGAGGUCCUGAAGGCAGGCCAGGAUUCCCUGGUGUUGCUGGGCGCCCUGGAGAUGCAGGGUUAAAAGGAGAUAAAGGUGAUCUAGGUCGCAAGGGUGAACCAGGACAAGAUGGUGCUAGUGUUGUGGGACCACCAGGGCCACCUGGACCACCAGGUCCCUUGAUAACCAUUCCAAGGUCACUCUUCAAUACUUCAGAUGGAAAUUUUAACAUCACUGGAAUCAAAGGACCUCCAGGGCCAGAUGGUAAGCCCGGCCUGCCAGGAUUUCCUGGCCCAAGAGGACCAAAAGGAGAUAUUGGAUUACCAGGUUUGCCAGGACAGAAAGGAAAGCGGGGUGAAAAGGGUGAACCAGGAACUAUCUUGGCAUCAGCUGAUUCACUGAUGGAAUUGAUAAAGAAACCAGGAAAAAAGGGUGAACCUGGAGUAAUGGGACCACCUGGCCCAGUGGGAUUAACUGGACCCCCUGGACCUAAAGGAGAACUUGGUUUUCCUGGCCGAUCUGUAUGUACAUUUUUUUCUGUGAAGUUUUUUAAUCAUUAUUUUUAUAUAGGCAUUACUACAUUUGUUUGUCUUGUGUGUGUGUGUUUCUUCCAGGGACGCCCUGGCCUGAAUGGGCUGAAAGGCAUAAAAGGUGAACGGGGUAUAACAUUAUAUGGUCUCCCUGGUUUGCGUGGACCACCUGGGCCUCCAGGGCCUCCAGGCCGUGUGGUAUACGGUAGAGAAACAGUUUUCCCCAUUUCUCCCCGGCCUCAGUGCAAAACCACAGCUGGCACCAAUCAUGCUGGCAACCAAGAAGCUAUAGGUGGUUCUUGGGGUGAACGUGGUCCACUGGUCAUCAAAGGUGAAAAAGGAGACAUAGGCCCACCAGGGCCACCAGGUCCUUCUCUGCCAUCAACAUAUUUGGGCCACUUAGACAUAUUUAAGGGAGAGAAAGGAGAUAAUGGAGAAACUGGCCUUAAAGGAGAAAAGGGAGAGCCAAGUGGAGGGUUUUUAAUGUCUGGACCACCAGGGCUUCCGGGAAGACCAGGACCAGUGGGGCCAAAAGGAGAUACAGUUGUUGGGCCUAGGGGCCCUCCAGGGGUACCUGGCCUCCCUGGACCACCAGGAUUUGGACCACCUGGGCCUCCUGGGCCCCCAGGGCCUCCUGGGCCCCCAGGGCCUCCAGGGUCUACUGCCAUCUAUGGCUCAGCAGCACCUAUGCCAGGGCCACCAGGACCUCCCGGAGAACCUGGAUUGCCAGCAUCUAGGAACUUGGUUACAACACUUAGAAAUGUUAACACUAUGCUACAAAUGGUUCAUUUAGUGUCAGAAGGCACACUGAUCUAUCUUAGUGAAACCAGUGAUGUUUUUAUCCGUGUUCAAAAUGGAUGGAAAAAAGUACAGCUUGGAGAACUGAUUCCCAUCCCUGAACACAGUCUCCCACCUCCAGCCAUUUCGAGCCCAGGAUUUCAACCCCUUCCAGCACCAAUUCCAGCUGACAGCACAAGGCCAAGUCUUCAUCUGGUGGCUUUGAAUGCUCCAUUUUCUGGUGAUAUGAGAGCAGACUAUGAAUGCUUUCAACAAGCUCGGGCUGCUGGUUUAGUCUCCACAUACAGAGCAUUUUUGUCUUCACAUCUUCAAGAUCUCCUGACAGUUGUCAGGAAAGCAGAUAGAUAUCUUCUGCCUAUAGUUAAUCUUAAGGGAGAAAUACUGUUCAAUAACUGGGAGUCAAUAUUUUCAGGCAAUGGAGGACAGUUUGAUCUACAGAUUCCAAUAUAUUCCUUUGAUGGAAGGAAUGUCAUGACUGAUCCAGCUUGGGCUCAGAAAAUCAUCUGGCAUGGUUCAAGCCUAAAUGGAAUACGACAAAUUAGCAACUACUGUGAAGCAUGGAGGACAUCAGAUCUGGCAGUCAUGGGACAAGCCUCUCUUCUAAAAUCUGGAAAGCUCUUGGAUCAAAAGUCAUAUAGCUGUAGCAAUAGUUUUAUUGUUCUUUGUAUUGAAAACAGUUAUAUCUCAGAUAUUGGAAGGAAAUAAAUGUUCUUUAUCCCCCAUACUGUGUAAAUUUUAAAGUUUAUUACAAAAAUGUUGACACUGAAAUAAAAAUUUUAAAUGAUGUAAAUAUUGUAUCGUAAUUGCAUACUUUUAAAAAAGUUAAUAACCAAAGAAGGCAUACCUUAGAGAGGAAUCUUCUUCCAGCAUGGGUGAAAUUCAUUUUUCUGAAGCAUGGCAGCCCACUUAGAAAUUGGACAGGAAAUGAGCCAGUCUGAGCAGCCAUGUCAAAGUACCUACACAAAAGGAGACUGGUCACCACUAUAAGCUUGCUUGGGAUCAUUACUAAAAGUGAUGUAGGGAUAUCUAGAUGGCGCAUGAGCAAAGGAAUACCCCCAAAUGGUAGACAGCUUCAGUGGGUCUAGAACAGUUGUGUAUACUGAAGAAGGGCUGUAAUUGCUACUGCAGGUUCCCUACACUUUGCUGCUAGGUAGGCUUCAAUAGGCUUUUCUGUUAGGUAGGGGCAAUUGAACUUAAGCAGUCCAUUUCUCACACAUUCCACCAGCAUACAUACCUUAGACCAGGGUGUGAAAGAUAUUUCAACUACACCCAGUGAGAGUUUUGUCUCCCCACCUCCCCCCACCCCACCUUUUAACUGCAUACUGUCAUACCACAUUACAAACUAAUUUUGAAAUACCCCUUCAGUUUCAAAAGCAUCUGGCUCUAUAUCAUGGCAAAUGAAAAAGGGCAAGGUCCAGAACCCUCUUGGGCAUAAGAAACUAGCUGCAUAGUUGUUUUUUAUUUUGGACCAUAUCAGCAGGCCAUGAUUUGGAAACCCUACCAUGCCGUUUUCCUAAAUCCGUAAAUGACCUAAGUUGAAACCAUUUAUCUUUGCAUGGGGGUAGUGCAUGGAAGAUGAAUUUCACCCCUAUGGAAACAGAAUCUGACACAUAUUUUGGUGCUACUGUGGUCUUAAAACCUUCAAACAGUGUUGAGAGGAAAUUCUAAAGGUGUAAAUGAUAAAUAUCCAAAGGGCACAUAAAGAGUUUCCAAUGCACACCAGGGCUUCUGGGGACCCCAAUCUCACACUAGGACCCUCCUCUGCAUCUCCUGAGCAGCCUCUUGCAAAUCCAGGAGGCACUUCAGGAUUGGCAUUUGAUGUAAUAUGACAAAAAACAGUUUGGAAAGAGAAAACGGGAAAGCCUUGAUGUUCAUGUGCAGUUGCUUUGGAUCCCAGCCAAUUUCUUGUACUUGCAAACUGUCCUCAGCUAAUUUACUGACAAGCUGGGUGUCAUGUGCUUAUGUAGCUCAUGGAAGCUUCAAACAAGCCAUUUAUAUUGCAAGGAAAAUUGUAGAAAGAUAGAUGUUAUGUUUCUUUUCAGAGUGCUACUGGAUCAUUUCCCUGUAGAAAUGAAAUGCAGACUGACUGUUUUUCUUCUCCCGAACCCUUCCCUGUUGCAUGAAAUGCUAAUUUCUUCAGACCUGUUGUUCCCAGUUGUUGUCAGAACUAAAAGCCUUUGCCAGCUUGACUACUUCUAUAUGUGUUGAACUGUAACUCCCAUAAUUCCUGGCCAGCAUGGCCAUUGGAGGAAUCCAAGUUGGGGAAGGCUGAAUUAAUAGUUCAUAGGACCAGGGCAGGCUAACUGCUGCUGCCCUCCAGUGUGCUGGGAUAAAACUCUCAUAAGUCCCAGCCAGUAUGGCCAAUGGUCAAAAGGUAUGAGAAUGGUAAUCCAAAACAUUUGGAGGGCACUAGAUUUCCUAGCCUUGUCAUAGGAAUUGUUGACAAGCUGCAUGAUGUGCUUUACAAAAUAUUAUUACCAGAGCAUGUGCAUGUUUGCUUCCCCUUGCUAGCCUCAGGGGGCUUCUCUACAUGAGGCAGUUACUGUGUGCUUAGGAUCCAUUUCCCACAGAAGUGUGUGGGACCUUUUUGGGAUGUCAUUGUCCAGCAGGCCCUCUUCCAUGUUUUCCAGCCAUUUUAGCAGCUUGUUUGUAAAGUGAGAAAAGUCUGGUAUCAAAUUUUAAACCAGAACAUAAGUCUUGUGUGGAGUUGCAAAUCUACUAUAGUGCAGCACUACCAUGUGAUUAAUAACCCAGCACAAAUGACAUGUUUUUCAGUAAUAAAAACAGAGGAAGAGGUCUUACUAAAGCAGCGGGUUGAACUUCUCAUGUAGAGAAGCCCAUGGUGUAUUUUAACAAGCUAAAUGUGUAGAAUGUUCAUGAUACAGCACUAUAAACAAUAAUCACUGUUUGAAAAUAUAAGCUAUUAGCUCUACUCUAAAAUGAUCUAAAUGAUUUUUCUGUCAUCAAAGCUGUAAUUUAAUAGCUAUUUGUAAAUCAUAAUACAGUGGUACCGCGGCU